AUGGCAGCGCCGUCGGGAGGAGGCGAUUCAGGUAAGUGACCUAACUAUGAUAAACACAAUCGAUACGGAAUCGUGCCACUGAUAUCGUAAUUAUCGUGAGCCGGACCGAAAAGUAUUUGUCACGAUUUAGCUAACUUGUUAAAGAAUUUAGGUUUGUUGCCGGUUGGACGCAGGCGUGUUGAGCUAGCAAGCUAACGUUAACUAGCUAACAUAACACCCAGCCAUCCCAUCUCUGAAACAUGUCCGUACAAAUAACUAUGUAAACUAGCUAUCUAGGAAAGCUCAAUUAUUGUUAUCUAGCUGUUCAACUGGGGGAAAGUGUUAUAGUUAACUUGCUUACGUUACUCAACAAGCUAGCUUGUAAUAAACAAUUAAUUGGUAUAUACAUAUACAGCCCAAACGUUUGUUUUAUAUUUGAUAUUCGGUUUUCUCUCGUCAAUAGCUAUUGAACCAAGCAUGCCAUGACAAUGAAUGCUGUAUAUUCUGAAUCAGGUGAGGAUGGAGAACACGUUUUUUGUGUAUAUCUUAAAAAUUAUUUUGAAUAUUGAAAUCUGAAAAGAAAAUGAGAAAUUCACACAAAAAGCUCUGGAUUGUUCUCCAUCCUCCCCUGAUUUAGAAUAUACCACUUUCAUUGUCAUGGCAUGCUUGGUUCAAUAGCUAUUGACGAGAGAACUGAAUAUCCAUGGAGAAUAAAAGCACCUCCUCCCAGCUACCCACUGCACCGAGGCUAGGAAACACUGUCACCACCGAUAAAUCUACGAUAAUCGAGAAUUUCAAUAAACAUUUUGCUACAGCUGGCCAUGCUUUCCACCUGGCUACCCCUACCCCGGCCACCAGCUCUGCACCCUCCACUGCAACUUGCACCCCCCCCCUCUCCUCCUUCACCCAAAUUCAGAUAGCUGAUGUCCUGAAAGAGCUGCUAAAUCUGGACCCCUACAAAUCAGCUGGGCUAGACAAUCUGGACCCUUUCUUUCUAAAGUUAGCCGCCGAAAUUGUCACAACCCCUAUUACUAGCCUGUUCAACCUCUCUUUCGUAUCGUCUGAGAUCCCCAGAGAUUGGAAAGCUGCCGCGGUCAUCCCCCUCUUCAAAGGGGGUGACACUCUAGAUCCAAGCUGUUACAGACCUACAGUGAGGGGAAAAAAGUAUUUGAUCCCCUGCUGAUUUUGUACGUUUGCCCACUGACAAAGACAUGAUCAGUCUAUAAUUUUAAUGGUAGGUUUAUUUGAACAGUGAGAGACAGAAUAACAACAACAAAAUCCAGAAAAUUCAUGUCAAUAAUGUUAUAAAUUGAUUUGCAUUUUAAUGAGGGAAAUAAGUAUUUGACCCCUCUGCAAAACAUGACUUAGUACUUGGUGGCAAAACCCUUGUUGGCAAUCACAGAGGUCAGACGUUUCUUGUAGUUGGCCACCAGGUUUGCACACAUCUCAGGAGGGAUUUUGUCCCACUCCUCUUUGCAGAUCUUCUCCAAGUCAUUAAGGUUUCGAGGCUGACGUUUGGCAACUCGAACCUUCAGCUCCCUCCACAGAUUUUCUAUGGGAUUAUGGUCUGGAGACUGGCUAGGCCACUCCAGGACCUUAAUGUGCUUCUUCUUGAGCCACUCCUUUGUUGCCUUGGCCGUGUGUUUUGGGUCAUUGUCAUGCUGGAAUACCCAUCCACAACUUAUUUUCAAUGCCCUGGCUGAGGGAAGGAGGUUCUCACCCAAGAUUUGAGGGUACAUGGCCCCGUCCAUUGUCCCUUUGAUGCGGUGAAGUGGUCCUGUCCCCUUAGCAUAAAAACACCCCCAAAGCAUAAUGUUUCCACCUCCAUGUUUGAUCUAUUAAAGUAUUUGAAAGCCAAGUUAACUAACAGAUCACCGACCACUUCGAAUCCCACCGUACUUUCUCCGCUAUGCAGCUCAAGGUCCUAAACGAUAUAAUAACCGUGAUUGAUAAAAUACAGUACUGUGCAGCCGUCUUCAUCGACCUGGCCAAGGCUUUUGACUCUGUCAAUCACCACAUUCUUAUUGGCAGACUAAAUAGCCUUGGUUUCUCAACUGACUGCCUUGCCUGGUUCACCAACUACUUCUCAGAUUUACAUUUAACAUUUAAGUAAUUUAGCAGACGCUCUUAUCCAGAGCAACUUACAAAUUGGGACCCCAGUAUCUCUAUUUGCACAUCAUCUUCUGCACAUCUAUCACUCCAGUCUUAAUACUAAAUUGUAAUUAUUUUCCACUAUGGCCUAUUUAUUGCCUUACCUCCAUAACUUACUACAUUUGCACACACUGUAUAUAGAUUUUCUAUUGUGUUAUUGACUGUACGUUUUUGUUUAUUCCAUAUGUAACUCUGUGUUGUUUUUAUCGCACUGCGUUGCUUUAUCUUGGCCAGGUCGCAGUUGUAAAUGAGAACUUGUUCUCAACUGGCUUACCUGGUUAAAUAAAGGUGAAAUAAAAUAUCCUAUAUAAAACAACCUUUAACUUGGUACUGAACCAUAUACCUACCGGCUCUCUAAAAAGUCGGUUAAACAAUACUUUCCUGGGGAUAUUUUGUCUCAAAUCUCGAGCAGAUGAAUGACAAACCACACAGACAAUCUGUAUAGUAAGUUAAAAUGUAAUUUUAUUCAACAUUCUGGCAAGGAACAUUUACACGAUUUUGCAGGCAUUCGUUUCAGGCUGUAUAUACCAAUUAAUUGUGUAUUACAGACUGAUUAGUCAGACUAGUAUGUGAGUGCUAGCUAGCUGUGUUUUUACAUUUUAUUCAUUUAGCAGACGCUCUUAUCCAGAGUGACUUACAGUUAGUGCAUUCAUCUUAAGAUAGCUUGGUGGGACAACCACAUAUCACAGUCAUAGUAAGUACAUUUUUCCUCUAAAGUAGCUGUGGGAUUAUUUAAGGUACUCUUUUAAGGGGCAGGGACUCUGCUGUUUUCAGGGGGAAGCUGGUUCCACCAUUGGGGUGCCAGGACACAGAAGAGCUUGGACUGGGCUGUAGGGGUGGGAGGGCCAGAGGUGGCAGUCCAACGAGUCUUCAUAUUUAAUUGUUGUCAUUCCAGAAACAUCAUUGGCAACUAGCCUAACUGUAGUACAUCUUUGGUUCAGUCCAACUGUUACUAAUGUCAGCUGACAACUCAACUUUAGAAAUUGAGCCAAAUGGUGUUUUAACUUUGUUUCACAUUCCAAAACUCUCAAACCUGGGUAAAAAUAAACGAUUACUGAACAAAAAUAUAAAGGCAACUUUCAACGAUUUUACCGAGUUCAUAUAAGGAAAUCAGUCAAUUGAAAUAAAAUCAUUAGGCCCUAAUCUUUGGAUUUCACAACUGAACUGGUCAUGAGACAUGCAUGCUUCAUUAGCUAUUAUAUUUAUGACUGCCCAGUUUUGAUAUGACAGACACGCAUACCUGGCUGACGCUACCCAAGUGACUCACUGUCAGGAGGACUUCGAGAGUUAGGUGUUAGCCAGACUACCCACACAUAGGCCUAGUCUUAAAUUGCCUCUACCUGCCCUUGGUUUAUGUCCUGGAAAUACUCUAAGUCCAGUGCUGCUUUGUGUUCUCAGGUAAUGGAACUGAUCAGGUGCUAGAACUGGGAAAAACAUUACUGACAGAGUGAGUAUACCUUCUUGUUUACUCCUGAAUUUGAUCUUUAUUCACAUUUGUCUGAUUAGGCUAAUCAGGCUGUAAUACACAAUUGAAUUGGUAUAUAUAGCCUGAAACAUUGGAGUGCCAAAUCUUGUAAAUGUUCCUUACAAGCCAGAAUGUUGAAUACAAUUACAUUUGUACUUACUUUACCGGUUUUCUGUGCGGUUUGUCCUUCAGCCACUCGAAAUUUGAGACAAAAUAUCCACAGGGCCGGGAGACCCAUGGGGCGACGCACAAUUGGCCCAGCGUCGUCCAGGGUAGGGGAGGGUUUGGCCGGCAGGGAUGUUCUUGUCCCAUCGCGCACUAGCGACUCCUGUGGCGGGCCGGGCGCAGUGCACGCUGACGCGGUCGCCAGGUGUACAGUGUUUCCUCCAACACAUUGGUGCGGCUGGCUUCCGGGUUAAGCGGGCACUGUGUCAAGAAGCAGUGCAGCUCGGUUGGGUUGUGUUUCGGAGGACGCACGACUCUCGACCUUCGCCUCUCCGUACGGGAGUUGCAGCGAUGGGACAAGACUGUAACUACCAAUUGGAUACCACGAAAUUGGGGAGAAAAAAGGGGAAAAUCCCCCACCCCCCAAAAAAACGUUUGGACCUGAUCAACCACAGGGAAGUAUUGUUUACCAAAUUUUUAGAGAGCCGGUAGGUAUAUGGUUCUGUUGGCUUGUAUUGCUGGUGUCUAUUUUCAAUCUACUGACGGAUGCGACAUACUUGCACAAUAUGUAAACAAUAGCCAAACGUUGCUCGCAUUCAGCUGGCGGUGGCAAACCUACCAGCUCUCUAAAGUCUGGUAAAACAAUACUUUACCAUGGAUAUUUGGUCUCAAAUUUCGAGCGUCUGGAGAACAAACCGCACAGACAACCAGUAGAGUAAGUUAAAAUGUCAUUUUAUUCAACAUUCUGGCUGAACAUUUUAUAAGAUUUUGCACUCUGUUUCAGGCUGUAUAUACCAAUUAAUUGUUCGUUACAGCCUGAUUAAUCAGACACGGAUCACAUAUACUAGCUGGUUGUUUACCCGUGACCCUCUCUUUGCAGUUUCAUCUACGAGCGGGUUCGUCGCCAUGGUGACAGCAGUACUCAGUUGUCAGUGUCACGGACCCAGUUGGGCGGGAGUGAGCUGUGUGACCCCAACCACAAGAAACUGGCCCUGUGCCUGCAGCAGAUUGGGGAUGAGCUGGAUGGCAAUGCACAGCUCCAAAGGUAUCUUCAACCAAGGACUUAGAAAGGGACUCCAGCUCUUUGCUUGAAUAGAUAAUCACUUUGAAUUGACCUCUGGAGUUUGUGCAAUACUCAGAGCAUCUCUCUUGUUUUUCCCUUCAGUAUGUUAAAUGAUUCUGCACUCCAGCCCAGCCAGGAGGUUUUUAUGAGAGUGGCCUGUGAGAUCUUCUCUGAUGGGAAGUUCAACUGGGGCAGGGUGGUGGCACUCUUCUACUUUGCCUGUCGGCUGGUCAUCAAGGUGAGGGUUGGCAGUGGUAGUAUUUUAUUUAGCUCUCCUUUCUCUUAAUCAAUCUCUCGCUCUCUUGUCCUCCGUUAGACAAAGGAAACAGUCGGAAUAGAUUCCCUGUUUGUCAACCGUUGCGCUUGUUUGGAAUGGAAUUGCAUUUGAUAAGUUUUGGGAUGAGUUGGCUUAUUCAUUGUAUAAUAAGAUGACACUGUCUUUUUCUCCUCAGGCUCUGUUGACCAAGGUCCCCGACAUCAUCAGAACCAUUAUCAGCUGGGCCACAGACUACCUGCGAGAUCAUGUGAUCAGCUGGAUUACGGAGCAGGGUGGCUGGGUAAGGAAUCAGUAGAUGUGCUUUCCCCACAUUGACUUAAAGGUUUCAUACAUGUUUUUUAAUAAAUGUCUUUUUAGAAAUUGUGAUGAUGGUUGAAGACAAUGGUGUCUCUCUUUUCCUAAUUCUUAGGAGGGAAUCCGUUCCUACUUUGGCACUCCCACCUGGCAGACUGUGGGGGUGUUCCUCGCUGGAGUUCUUACCACUGUGCUGGUCAUCCGCAAG